UAUGGCUACUUGGUGGAAGAAGAUCAAUAACAAUAACACAAUUUCUGUGAAUAGGUUAUAACUUUAAAAAUGUCCUCAGUGUAAGGUAAUAAGAUGGCAGUCAAGUUUAUAAUGCAGCUUCAAUCUUAACAUUGUUAGUCUUUAUAUAAGCUGCCAUCUGUAUGUAGCUGUCCAUAUACUCAAAUUAAAGAUAACAUGCAGUUUUUUACAAAAUCAUGUAACAGCCAUGGGAAAAUCAUUUCCUCAGCAGUUAACACCCACACCAAUUCAGUUAAAAAUGACAAUGAGAUUACAAGUUAUGAGUAACCAAAGAAAAAACUCCCCAGAUUCUGGGAUUUGUAAUUUGGAUGGCUUGCCAGUGGUCUCAACAGCCGAGUUAGAUGAAGUUGAUGUACUCAAAAGUCAAAUAAAAGCCAGAGCCUUAGGUUGUCAUGCAGAAGAGUUGAGGGAUCGUUUGGAUGCCCCAGAACUCAAAGAGGAUUUUGAUAAGUCUUUAACAUAUGUCAGUACAGUUUUCAAAUCUCAAGACUGUCGUCUUGAUGAUACAGAUGCUACAUUAUCUAUUUCCAGUGACAAUACUAUUGAAUAUGAUCCAUCGGACAGUCAAACGAAGAUAGCAGAAGGCAGCUUAAGCAAAUUAACAUUAAAUGGGGAGCAGAAGUUUGAAAAUGGGUACAUAAGCAGUGAUACUGCCAAGACAAAGCAGAAUGCACAUCCAGGAUAUCAUAAAGUUAUGCCUUCACCUGUGUUUACUGAUGACCUGCCAGUGAACGUAGGUUCCAGCUCACGCUUUUCAAAAGUUCUGGAGAACAUUUCAUUGCCGUUGUUGUACAUACCGACGACAAAGCAGCUGGUCAAAAGCAAUGGAACGUUGCCAGAGUCUUUUAAUGCUGAUUCUAAUAAUGUACAUACAGAUUAUAAAUUAUUGUUAACACCAGAAAAAGGCUGCUCAUGCAAUGAAUCAGAAUCCGCCAGCUCCACAUUAGAUCUGUCAUCUAGCGAACUGCUUUGCCCACACUCGUCCAUACACAAAGCCCAUAGCGCACAGGAGUUUGGUUACAAAUAUACAGACAGUGACAGAUGCACUCUUCACAGUUUGGACAGCUAUCCAGGUUACCAUCACAACUUUGAGCCCAGCCCAUAUUUGUUUGCAGAUAAUUCUAGUCUAUCUAGUGUCAGUACAGGCACAGAUUUCUCCGUAUCUGCUGUCUCUGUGGGUGAGGAGUACAACAUUGAAUCCAACGAUGUGUCUGACGACGCUAUGUUCAUGGAUAUCAAUUUGCAUUCUAGAAACUCUUUUGACAAGGGAUAUAAUUCCUCUUCUUUGGAUAGUGGUUAUGGGGACAAAAGAGCCCCUCAGUUUCAAGAGACAGCAAAAAAGAAGUCAUUUACAAGCUUAAAAAACCUGUUCUCUAAGAGAGCAAAGGAAGAAAGUCCUCCAGGUUGGAAACUUUUUGGCAGGAUACCUCCCAAAGCUGUCACUAUCCGAGACCCCCAUGAGAUUACUACUGAGUUUCAAGCACGCCAGCGCAAGGUUGAAAAGCCAAGUUUCCCAGCAAAGAAACAGAGUACUGAAGUUAUGUCAACAACAGCUUUGAUAUUAGAAAAUCGCCCUACAAAUUUACCCACUAAGAGCCCAGAAGAAGCAGAAAAACAUAGGCAGCAGUAUGAAGCAAUGGUAGAAGCAGCAAAGAAAAAAGAGUUGAAAGAUAUGAAACAAAAGAAGAAGCAACUACAGUUACAGAGAAAGCUUGAAGACCAAUUGAUGGCUGCUGCCCGUGCAUGGGAUACAGACAUUCUGCCCAACUGGGAGGCUAUGCGGCACAGUAAGAAAGCAAGGGAUUUGUGGUGGCAAGGGUUACCACCUAAUGUCAGGGGAAAGGUGUGGCAGUUGGCAAUAGGAAAUGAUCUGAACAUUACUCAUGCACUGUACAACAUCUGCCAUGAACGAGCGGAAGAAAGAAUAAAACUUGUCAGAGAGGAAAGCUUUACCAACUUGUGUGCAGAAGGUGCUGCCACACUGCAAGAGCCGUCCAAUAAGGAAUCUAGUGUCAAAGUUAUAAAACUUGAUGUAUCAAGAACAUUCCCACAGUUGUGUAUAUUCCAAAAAGGUGGUCCGUUUUAUGACCUGCUACACAGUUUAUUAGGUGCUUAUGCUUGUUAUCGCCCUGAUGUUGGCUAUGUCCAGGGCAUGUCUUUUAUUGCCGCAAUUUUAUUACUUAAUAUGGAUGUGGCUGAUGCCUUUGUUUGCUUUGCUAAUCUGCUCAAUCGGCCAUGCCAGCUGGCUUUCUUUAGAAUGGAUGAGGCAUUGAUGACUGCCUACUACAGAACAUUUGAGGAGUUUUUCAAAGAAAAUCUGCCAGAUCUUCAUGCCCAUUUUCAUGCCCAAAAUGUCACUCCCAAUCUUUAUCUAAUGGAAUGGGUUUUCUUAUUGUACAGUAAAUCUCUGCCACUUGAUGUUGCCUGUAGGGUGUGGGAUGUCUUCUUUAGAGAUGGGGAAGAAUUUCUAUUCAAAACAGCUCUUGCCAUCCUCAACAUCUUUGAAGUGAUUUUGCUAAAGAUGGACUUCAUUCACAUAGCUCAGUUCCUCACUAAACUGCCAGAAGAUAUCAAUGCAGAUCAACUGUUCCGAGAAAUAGAAAACGUGAGGAUGUUUAUAGACAAAAAAGGCUUUCAUUCUGUGCAUGCUUUUUUCAAAGAUCUCCAUGACAGUGUCUCUUAGCAGAUAGCUCUAGUGAAUGUGGGUUAAGUGAUAUAAGUGAUUUAAGUGAGUCUUGAAUGAAAGUGAGACUGCCUCUUUUACGUGUUUCAACAAUGAAGCAAUAGAAUUUGAAGAAGAUAUAUUUGAAUACUUUUUUUAAGCCAGUGUGAGUUUUUAGUUGUAGAGUUUAAAAAUUAUUUUAAGCGCAUGUAUUCUGAAAAAAAUUGAAACCUCAAAUUAAUUUUUACUAUACUGUGAAUGAAUUAUUUUUUUUUAAAUAAAUGCCUUCAGAAAACAUUGGCCUUUCAGAAAUAUUUUAUAUUUUAUGUAUAAUGUAUUUUUGACUUGAGCCAGAUCACACAUCUCAUUACAAAUGAGCAGAUGAUCAAAGCAUACCAUCUUAGGUUAUAUGCAGUUUUUUACAAAUAGUCUGUGAAAUCCAAAAGUAAUCAAUUCUUGUACUGGAAAAGUCAAUGUACAUUGUAGUUUAAUACUGUAGUUUUUGUCUAGACUUAUUGCUGUGUAGUCUUUUAUAUUUUUUAAGUUUAAAGAAAUUCAAACUCACAAAUUGUUUUAGUUUUGAAUAAUAUACCUGUUGUUGCAAAGUCAUUUUGGAGGUUUUAUUUUUUUUCUCAUUUCUACUUAAAAUGGUUUUAAAUUUUAAGUUUGUGUCAGCGUUCUUUGCUUCUUUUAAAACAAAUUAUACACUAAGCUUAACUAUUAAAAAAUAAGGUUAUCAAUUCCAAAAAAAAGUGUAAGAAAAGAGUAAUUUUUUAUUUAUUUCAAGUUCUCAAAAAUGAAAUUUUAAAUACAUUGGUAGCAAUAGACCAUUUUCAAUUAAUUGUUUUUGAAAAAAUUGUCAGCAGAUUUUCUAAUCAUCAGGUUCACUAUUUUAAACAUAUGUAUACAAAUUCAUGCUCAAUAUAUUAAAACAAUUAAAGGCUGCGUCUCCUUUUUUACACCUAUUGGCAUUUAUACUAACUCAAUUGUUAUUUGAGUCAUGUAUGGACUGGAACAAAAAAUGAUUGAUGGCUGUGUAUGAAUGGCAAGGGAAGGAACUUUGCUUCAUGUUUGGGAUUCGCCCAGACUUAGGGGGGGAAAAAAUGGAAGUGCUGACGUUUUAAAAUAGCCUGUACUUCAGAAAAAGGUAAUGAGAUUAUUUUCUAAAUAUUUCUGUAUUUUAAAAAAAAUAAUUCCAGAAAUAGAUGCUAAAUUUUGACAUUUCUUGUUUCUGGAGUACAGGCUAAACCAUCUUGUCUUUCAAGUGUGUUAUGUCCCUUGAGCUGGCUGAAUGUAAAGUUUAUGUAUCACCUGAAUGCGAACCAUGUCAGGCAAUGUACUGGGAUUGUUAGACCGAUUCAUUGUCUUAAGCUUGUGUGUUGAUAGUUUUUUUUUU